AUGAGGCUCAACAAAGGCACAUCUCCAGCUGAAAUUGAAGAGCUGAAUAAGUUUGCCAAAUGGGUGCUGGACGUAGGAGAUGGAAAAGUCACCCAAACACAACCUGAUGACAACUCAGUUGAGAAUGAAAUAGAAGUUCCACUACAAUUCUGUGAUUUGGUAAAUGACAACUCUGUGGAGAACAUGAUUAACAGCAUUUACCCAGAUUUUGCAGAAAAUUCAAAGGAUCCCAAGUAUCUCAGCGAGAGGGCUAUUUUGACUCCUACCAACCAAACAGUGGGUCACCUAAACUCUCUUAUUGUGGAAAUGAUACCAGGUGAUGCUGUGACCUAUUACAGCAUAGAUAGCGCAGAAGAUUUUGGAGGUACGGAUGAUGAUUUACACUCUGCAUUUCCAAUUGAAUAUUUAAAUUCACUUAGUGUACCUGGCUUGCCUACUCAUGAUUUGAAGUUGAAAGUCGGUGUAGUUGUCAUGCUCAUGAGAAAUUUGAAUCAAACACUUGGACUUUGCAAUGGUACCCGAAUGAUCGUGACCAAGUGUUUGAAAUAUUGCGUGGAGUGUGAGGUAAUUUCUGGAUCUUUUCUUGGCACAAAGCAUUUUAUUCCUCGAAUGGAAUUGUCUCCAAGUGAUUCUGUGCUACCUUUCAAGCUGGUGAGGAAACAAAUGCCCCUUCAAAUUUGCUACACCAUGACAAUAAACAAAUCUCAGGGACAAUCUUUGCAAACAGUUGGGUUAUUCCUUCCCAAACCUGUCUUUACACAUGGCCAAUUCUACGUUGCUAUAAGUCGCGUCACCUCUCCUGCAGGUUUGAAAGUUUUUAUUGAUGACGAUCGUCGAUUCCCAACUAAUAUUACACAAAAUGUUGUGUACAAAGAAGUGUUUUACGCGCUGCCUAGGUAG